AUGAUCUACUUUCUAAUCAGUGAUUCAAUAACACUGACAUUGUUGGUUUUAUUCAUACUCAUCAUUGCUUAUUAUAUUUACAAUUUGCGCAGGAAUAAUAUAUUUCGUCGUCUUGGAAUGCCUGGCCCAGAACCCAUUCCAUUUAUUGGCGAGGCUUAUAAUAUUAUACGCAAGGGUCUUAUUCAAAAUGACAUAGAUCUUGUUCAAAAAUACGGCAAAAUUAUUGGAAUUGUCGGAGGAAAAAAUCCAAAUAUUCUUCUCUCUGA